AUGCGGGUCUUACCCAAACGCGUUGGAGGCUCUGCUCGCCGUGGUUCAGGAGAUGACCGCAUCCUCCUUUACUUGGGCAGUACAGGAGUCAAUACUUCGAACCUGGCACAGCUCUUACUGCAGGAGAUAAAUGUGUCUCUGUCACUCCAGGACGACUGCUCCAGCAAAUGUGAUGCCGGUGCAGAAUGUGGAGAGUUGGCAUCGCUCACCUACACCAUUUCGAUAAUUAUUCGGAUUGCUUGCAAGGGUAUUGCGAAAGGUCACUUUGCUGCACCCCUAAUCCUCGAUGUCCUCAAGACGCUCAUGUGCGAUGCCGACUCUUGCGGUGGCAGUGAUUGCGGGUGUGAGGACGAAUCGGGUCUUCCCCAGGGAGAUACCAUAACUCGGCAUUCCUGCCAGGAUAUGGAAAAGACUGUGACACCUCCCAAACACCAAACAAUAAAAUAG